UUCUCGCGUAGACGGUCGUUUACGGUGAUUUGCAAGUUAAGAUGCUAAAUGGAAAAUUCUACACGGGUCUGCCGCCUGGCAUGAUUGAACGGGGUGCGACACAGCGUAAUCGCUUGCAAUCAAGUAUUUUCUGGCCGGAUGACACCAAAGUCGACUCGGCGGUGGAGACGCGCGUCAAACGUCGUAAUAGCUUACAAAUUGCACAAGCCGAAAGGCCACGACUGCGCAUGCAAUCAUCGGUGAGCGGUGGCGGUGAAGCAGAUAUAAAUACACGACAACUAUUUCAGAAAGAGUUUUCAAAAUCAUCAAUUGAGUUUUUGGAUAAUCUCUGUGAUGAAACGAAAGCAAGAAAACCCUUGCUCUUCAGGGGUCAUCGGAGUGCUGCUAGCGAGGUGACAGCCAAACCGACAGCGCUGAAACUGCCACUGCCCGAGAAUGUGGUGAACGCUGGCUAUACCACUGCCAAGAAGAAGCAAGCGUUCACAUCGAAAAUCGAGUUCUACGAUUAUGUAGGUGAUGAGUUGAACAAUCGGAAUAAUUUGAGACGUGCCAAAAUGGAUAUGAACGAUAAGAAGGAGAUGGAACGAAAUACGAAGAACAGUCCCAAAUUGCAAGUGAAAAACAAUAUGCGCGAUUUAAGCGCGAAUGAAAAGCUCUAUCCCGCCGAGCGACGUGAGAAAAUAGAGCUAGAGCGAGUGGGUAUCAAAAAUAUGCAGGAUAAUACUGAAAUACAAUUGAAAAACAAUAUGCGCGUCGAAACGGAGGAAGCUUUUGAUGAAGAAUACGAAGAUGUUCGUCACAAUUCAGCUGAAUAUAACAGAAAGCCGCGUGAAAGCGUCGAUCGUUUUAGAGACGAACGCAUACGUGAAUUAGAUUUUUUGGAAAGUAGACGAACUGUUAGUCCAGAGCAUGGCUACAGACGUGAACAUCGUCUACAAGAAUUGUAUGAAGAUGAAUAUGGCGCACCUGGUUAUGCGCCCACUGGACGCUAUGGGCGCGUGACGGCAGUGCGUCGUUCCAACAGCGUUGGACGUUUCACGGCGCCACCAAAACGUAUACUAAAACAACCCAUAAGAGAGCGCAGGCAUUACGAGGAUUAUGCAGAUGAUGGUUAUAGAAGCAGUGAGGUCAGUAGAAGCAAUGCCGCUUAUAGACACAGAAAUAACGAAGUGUAUGAACGACAAGCUUACAACGAGCACGAUGCUGAGGAAAAUGUGGACUACAUGGAGGAUCGCAUGAGAAAUAUGCGCGUUCGUACAUCUCCAAAGAAACAUGUCACCUACAGCGAUGACACCUACUCGCACGACGAUGAAAUGCCAACUCAGUCACGACGACGGCUCGCGUCAAACGCGCAGUCGCGCAACCGCGUACCACCACCAUUAAAAACAGCAACAAAUACGCGCACCGGAAGCAACAACCUGCAACGCCAACCAGCAACGUUACGACGCUACAAUAGUGAAAUCGAUAUCGCAGAUAAUGCUAAUGAGCAGACGUUGGAGCCGGAAUUUAUGGAAAAUGACAUGAGCGGCAGCGCUGCAACAAUCAAGUCAUUAAAUAUUGCUGACACUUACAAUAACAAAAGCAAUAACCGUCAGUGUAUUGAGGGUGAGGAGCACAAGCGUUUGGUCAAUAAAAUAAAUAACAAUAAAAACAAUAAUUACAAUAAUACCACAAGUCGUCUUAACAAUCAAACUAUAGCAUCAGCUGCACGAAAAAUCACACCAAAUAUGCCCACAUCCGCGACAACAAAGCAAAAUACCGACACGCGAAGCGCAACAUCAGAAGCGGCGACGGGAGCGGGCGUUAAAAAACAUUUGCGCAGCAGCCUCUGUUUUAACAAUGGCGAGAUCAUUGCGAGUGAUGACGGCGGUUCGACGUCCGUAAAGGCACCCACGCGCAAUGCGCGCAGCACGGCGACGCGUCAGCGCAUUAGUGUGGGUCUGCCCGAUUAACAGCUGACUUCGCGCUGAGCUAAGCGGUGGCGUAACAGGCCGCUGCACUGUAUAACGCGUGCAUGGUGAAUGGCUCGCGCUCGCUAAUACAAAGAUCAUUCAUAAAAUGAGAUAUAACAUGGUAAAGUGUUGUUGUUAUUUUAGUUGUGUCUUUAAAUGAUCGAAUUUUUAAAUGGAAAAUUAACAAAGUAACUUUAUGAACGCUAUAGUAUAUUUAGUGCGGUAUCUAAAAUGUUAAAUUUCAAUGUUAUAUACAAAUGUUUCGGUGCAUGGUAUAUAUGAAAAUAUGUAUCAGUAUUUCAUUAUUUAUGGUGUUUUGUGUUCGUAAAGUUGGAAACUCAUAAAUACCAAUGAAUACAAAUACAAUGGCAAGCCUACACUCAAAUUCAAGAGCACGUCUAUGUAAAUAGUUUUUGUACUUACUACAGCAUAUAUACAAACAAAUAAUAUAUUUUGUUGGUUAUAAAGCUUAAUGGUAUAUACAUAAAUGUAUAAGUACAGAAGAUUUAAAAUGUAUCAUUCCAAUUCUUGUAUAAUACGUAUCAAAAAAUCAGUUCUAUAUCUGAAAAAUUGGUAUACUUUCCCGAGAGAUUAAUACUAAUUUUAAAUACUAUUUUCAGAAUGAAAAAAAUAUAUCCAAACUAAAUAUUUAUAACUGUAUUUACGAGUAAAAUAAACAGCUGUACAAUAGUCAACUAGUAUGGCGUCAGCACAAGUCAUACCUUCUAUCUGUAUUCAUUUAAAAUAGUAGCUUGUGUCGAAAAGAGAAAAACGUUCUACAUUUUUGAAAUGAAAAUUAUAAUAAAUAAUAAUACGAUGAAAUUCAUUAAGAGGUAGGAAUGCAACAAAAAUUAUAACAAGUAAGGUUGUAGACCAAUUUCGCUCAUUUUCACACUGUAAUAUAGUAAUGUAAAUAUAAUGUUAUACACCGAAUUUGAAUUGAAAUCCGUCGGGCGAGUCUCGAGUGUUUUGUUUGCUCCGAAAAGUGAGCGGUGCCACUACCAAUGCCCAAUUUUGAUCCCGGCUCUAUAACAGCCCUGCUAUAUCAUUCUAGGGAGUAAAAUUUAACGUCUUUGGGUUAUUUAGUUAUUGGUUUAUCGCGCUUUUUUACACUGUGAGUUCUUAUAAUAUUUGCGUUGGGUGAAUUUGGUUGUUGUAUCCUAAGUGGAUUAAGAGAUAUGUAC